AUGUACACCCUCACCAACAUCGACCAGCACCACUUCUCCGGCCCAGAAGACGUCUACGUGCUGGAGGCACACCGAACGGCCUCGGGGCUCGCCACGGUGGCCUCGGACCAGACGCUGUCGCUCUUCAACCCGGCCCGGCUGGGGACGGGGCCUGUCGCGAGGCUCAGGACGGAGCACGGCAACGUGACGACGCUGCGGGUGUUUGACGCGGGGACUUCGGUGGUUUGCACGGCGGGGGAGAAUGGGUCGGUGGGAGUGUGGGAUUUGAGGCAGGGGGCAAAGGUUGCGCAGUUUGCUGCCGGCCAAGCAUCCAUCCUGUCCAUGGCUUGCAGUGCGAGUACACAGACCAUCGCCGUGGGCACCGAGCUGGAGAACCACGCAGCCACAAUACACCUCUGGGACGUCCGCUCCAACCCCUCCCCAAAGGCAACCUACUCCGAAGUCCACAGCGACGACGUCACCUCCCUGGCCUUCCACCCGUCUCAGCCCACGAUGCUCGUCUCGGGCUCGACCGACGGCCUCGUCAGCGUCCACGACACCACCAUCCUCGACGAGGACGAGCUCACCAUCCAGACGCUUAAUCACAACGCCUCCAUUCAUGAUGCCGCUUUUCUCAACAGCACGGAGCUCUUCGCCCUGUCUCACGACGAGGUCUUUGCGCUGUAUGAUGUUGCGGAUGAGCGCGAGACGGGGGAUGCCGCGCAGGACUUUGGUGAUUUAAGAAAGGUUCUGGGUUGUCAGUAUGUGGCGAAUGUUACGACAAAGGUGGAUGGCAGCGGCGCGAUUCUGGGUGCAGGUGCUCAAGACAAGGAAAACUUUGAGCUCGUCUUCCUGGCCAAGGCGGCAGACGGCUCGUGGGCUCUGGAUCUCGCCAACAAGGUUGUCUUGCCGGGGGCUCACGGCAGCGAGAUUGUGCGAUCUUUCUGCUUCUUUGAUGAUGAGCAGGUCGUGUUUACGACGGGAGAGGAUGGAAACGUCAAGGCGUGGAGAGCGGGUUAA